CGGGCAGUUUGGCAACUUGGAAAUAUUCUUACGCCUUGCCCCUUGGCUGGAAAACAGCCCGGGGUGACUUUUCAAAGUGUCUGCGCUGGGUUAUAGGGCUCUGUUGCGCCACGGCCCCCUCGGAGGCUGUCCGAGCCCCUCCUGAACGCUGUCCUCCUCGGUUACCCUCCGCGACGCGCCCGUUCCCCCUCCUCUGGGAGGCAGGGCGGGGGUAUCGGAUUAGUCUUUGUUUUCGACGCGAAAGAGCCGAGAGCGGCGCCGGGGAGGCUCGCGAUGGCAGGGCCCCGGGGUCCGCCUGGGUAGGGCGCUCGGCCAUGACCCCCGCGAGGGUGCCUCCCGGCUGGCCCUCGGCCUCUGCUCGCGGGUGUCCCCUCCUCGCCGGCGAGGCUGAUUCGGCAGCGCUGCCUUCUCCAACACCCUGACCCGGGAGAAGAAAUACCGGAGGAGAAACUCCUCACCCUGCCCUGCCCCAGUCACACACCUACCGGCACACCUCAUGCCUGGGUCCAGAGCGGGUGAGGGUGAAGAACCCACGCAGCCAAGAUGAUCCCUUCUCUGGGGACUGCUGCUGGUGUCCUCCCCCAGAUCCCAGGCCCCAGCAGGUGGGAGAGUGGCCCCCAACUGAGUCCUAUCAGACUGCUGCAAAGGAGGUGAAGAGGGGUGGAGAAGAGGCGCCCAUCCGGGAGCCUGGAGCUACUUGUCUUCACCCUGUAGAUUUUGACUGCUUUAGGAGAGAAGGACCUGUUGGUGGCCUUUGCAGGCAGGAAGCUGGACUGUGGCUCUGCCCCAGCACCUAUGCCCCCACCUCUGGCAGCGUCAUGAGUCAGUUUCAGGUGCCCCUGGCAGUCCAGCCGGACCUGCCAGGCCUUUAUGACUUCCCUCAGGGCCAGGUGAUGGUAGGGGGCUUCCAGGGGCCUGGGCUCCCAAUGGCUGGGAGUGAACCCCAACUCCGAGGGGGUGGAGAUGGGCGGAAGAAACGGAAACGGUGCGGUACUUGUGAGCCCUGCCGGCGGCUAGAAAACUGUGGGGCUUGCACCAGCUGUACCAACCGCCGCACACACCAAAUCUGCAAACUGCGCAAGUGUGAGGUGCUGAAGAAAAAAGUGGGGCUUCUCAAGGAGGUGGAAAUAAAGGCUGGUGAAGGAGCCGGGCCGUGGGGACAAGGGGCUGCUGUCAAGACAGGCUCAGAGCUCAGCCCGGUUGAUGGACCUGUUCCAGGUCAGAUGGACUCAGGGCCAGUGUACGAUGGGGACUCACGGCAGCUAAGCGCCUCAGGGGCGCCGGUCAAUGGUGCUAGAGAACCUGCUGGACCCAGUCUGCUGGGCACCGGGGGGCCUUGGCGAGCAGACCAGAAGCCCAGCUGGGACACGGCCCCAGAACCAGCUCACACUGCUCGCCUGGAAGAUGCCCACGAUCUGGUGGCCUUUUCGGCUGUGGCCGAAGCUGUGUCCUCUUAUGGAGCCCUUAGCACCCGGCUCUAUGAAACCUUCAACCGUGAGAUGAGUCGCGAAGCUGGGAACAACAGCAGGGGACCCCGGUCAGGGCCCGAGAGCUGCUCUGCUGGCAGUGAAGACCUUGACACGCUGCAGACGGCCCUGGCCCUCGCUCGGCAUGGCAUGAAACCACCCAACUGCAACUGCGAUGGCCCAGAAUGCCCUGACUACCUCGAGUGGCUGGAGGGGAAGAUCAAGUCUGUGGUCGUGGAGGGAGGGGAGGAGCGGCCCAGGCUCCCAGGGACUCUGCCUCCUGGUGAGGCUGGCCUCCCGGCGUCGACCACCAGGCCACUCCUCAGCUCUGAGGUCCCCCAGAUACCUCCUCCUCCAGAGGGCCUACCCCUGUCCCAGAGCGCCCUGAGCAUCGCCAAGGAAAAGAACAUCAGCCUGCAGACCGCCAUUGCCAUUGAGGCCCUCACACAGCUCUCCUCUGCCCUCCCCCAGCCUUCUCAUGCCACCUCCCAGGCUUCUUGCCCCCUUCCUGAGGCCUUGUCCCCUCCGGCCCCUUUCAGAUCUCCCCAGUCCUACCUCCGGGCUCCCUCGUGGCCUGCGGUCCCUCCUGAAGAGCACCCAUCCUUUGCUCCUGAUAGCCCUGCCUUCCCUCCGGCAGCUCCUAGGACAGAGUUUCCUGAAGCCUGGGGCACGGACACCCCACCAGCAACUCCCCGGAGCUCUUGGCCCAUGCCCCGCCCAAGCCCUGACCCCAUGGCUGAACUGGAGCAGUUGUUGGGCAGUGCCAGUGAUUAUAUCCAGUCAGUAUUCAAGCGGCCCGAGGCCCUGCCCACCAAGCCCAAGGUCAAGGUUGAGGUGCCCUCUUCCUCCCCAGCCCCAUCCCCAUCCCCCAUUCUCCAGAGGGAGGCCCGCACACCGUCCUCAGAGCCCGACACCCACCAGAAGGCCCAGACGGCCCUGCAGCAGCACCUCCACCAUAAGCGCAGUCUCUUCCUGGAGCAGGCCCACCACCCCUCCCUCCCUGCUCCCUCAGAGCCUCCUGCUCCUGCCUGGUGGGCACCACCCAGCUCACCUGCCUCACGGCCAUCAGACAGACCACCCAAGGAGAAGAAGAAGAAGCCCCUGGCGCCCGCUGGAGGUCUCAUGGGAACCGACAGAGCUGGCCCUGGGAUCAAGCCCAGUGUCCGGAAGCCCAUUCACAUCAAGAAGUCCCGGCCACGGGAGGCGCAGCCCCUCUUCCCACCUCUGCGGCAAAUCAUCCUGGAAGGGCUGAGGUCCCCAGCCUCUGAGGACGUGCAGGCACACCCACCUGCCCCCAUCCCCUCCUCACAGGGCUCUGCUGUCCCCCCGCCCCCAGAACCUUCUCUUGCGCUAUUUGCACCUAGUCCCUCCGGGGACAGCCUGCUGGCCCCUACUCAGGAAAUGAGGUCUCCCAGCCCCAUGGCAACCCUGCAGCCAGGCUCCGCUGGCCCUCUUCCCCCUGCUGAUGACAAGCUGGAAGAGCUCAUCCGGCAGUUUGAGGCUGAAUUUGGGGAUAGCUUUGGGCUUCCUGGCCCCCCAUCUGUGCCCAUUCAGGACCCUGAGAACCAGCCAACCAGUCUCCCAGCCCCAGAGAGCCCUUUUGCUACCCACUCUCCCAAGCAAAUCAAGAUUGAAUCUUCAGGGGCUGUGACUGUGCUCUCAACCACCUGCUUCCAUUCAGAGGAGGGAGGCCAGGAGGCCACACCCACCAAGGCCGAGAACCCACUCACACCCACCCUCAGUGGCUUCCUGGAAUCACCUCUUAAGUACCUGGACACACCCACCAAGAGUCUGCUGGACACACCUGCCAAGAGAGCCCAGGCCGAGUUCCCCACCUGUGAUUGCGUAGAACAAAUAGUGGAGAAAGAUGAAGGUCCGUAUUAUACUCACCUGGGAUCUGGCCCCACGGUAGCCUCCAUCCGGGAACUCAUGGAGGAGCGGUACGGAGAGAAGGGGAAAGCCAUCCGGAUCGAGAAGGUCAUCUACACGGGGAAGGAAGGGAAGAGCUCACGUGGCUGUCCCAUCGCAAAGUGGGUGAUCCGCAGGCACACCCUGGAAGAGAAGCUGCUCUGCCUGGUGCGGCACCGGGCGGGCCACCACUGCCAGAAUGCCGUGAUCGUCAUCCUCAUCCUGGCCUGGGAGGGCAUCCCGCGCAGCCUUGGAGACACCCUCUACCAGGAGCUCACCGACACCCUCCGGAAGUACGGGAACCCCACCAGCCGGAGAUGUGGCCUCAACGAUGACCGUACCUGCGCUUGCCAAGGCAAAGACCCGAACACCUGCGGUGCCUCCUUCUCCUUUGGUUGUUCCUGGAGCAUGUACUUCAAUGGCUGCAAAUACGCUCGGAGCAAGACUCCUCGCAAGUUCCGCCUGGCGGGGGACAACCCCAAAGAGGAAGAAGUGCUCCGGAAGAGUUUCCAGGACCUGGCCACCGAAGUUGCUCCCCUGUAUAAGCGGCUGGCCCCCCAGGCGUAUCAGAACCAGGUGACCAAUGAGGAAAUAGCGAUUGACUGCCGCCUGGGGCUGAAGGAAGGGCGGCCUUUCUCAGGGGUCACGGCCUGCAUGGACUUCUGUGCCCACGCCCACAAGGACCAGCAUAACCUCUACAAUGGGUGCACGGUGGUCUGCACCCUGACCAAGGAAGACAAUCGCUGUGUGGGCAAGAUUCCCGAGGACGAGCAGCUGCACGUGCUCCCCCUGUACAAGAUGGCCAGCACGGAUGAGUUCGGCAGUGAGGAGAACCAGAACGCCAAGGUGGGCAGCGGGGCCAUCCAGGUGCUCACCGCCUUCCCCCGCGAGGUCCGGCGCCUGCCGGAGCCUGCCAAGUCCUGCCGCCAGAGGCAGCUGGAAGCCAGGAGGGCAGCAGCCGAGAAGAAGAAGGUUCAGAAGGAGAAGCUGAGCACUCCUGAGAAGAUCAAGCAGGAGGCCCUGGAGCUGGCUGGCAUCCCCACUGACCCAGGCCUGUCUCUGAAGGGUGGACUGUCCCAGCAAAGCCUGAAGCCCUCCCUCAAGGUGGAGCCGCAGAACCACUUCAGCUCCUUCAAGUACAGCGGCAACGCAGUGGUGGAGAGCUACUCGGUGCUGGGCAGCUGCCGGCCCUCCGACCCGUACAGCGUGAACAGCGUGUACUCCUACCACUCCUACUAUGCACAGCCCGGCCUGGCCUCCGUCAAUGGCUUCCACUCCAAGUACGCGCUUCCGUCAUUUGGCUACUAUGGCUUUCCAUCCAGCAACCCGGUCUUCCCCUCUCAGUUCCUGGGUCCUGGCACCUGGGGGCACGGUGGCAGCAGUGGCAGUUUCGAGAAGAAGCCCGACCUCCAUGCUCUGCACAGCAGCCUGAGCCCGGCCUACGGUGGUGCUGAGUUUGCCGAGCUGCCCGGCCAGGCUGUACCCACAGACACCCACCACCCCGCUCCUCACCACCAGCAGCCUGCUUACCCAGGCCCCAAGGAGUAUCUGCUUCCCAAGGUCCCCCAGAUCCACCCAGUGUCCAGGGACCCCUCUCCCUUUGCACAGAGCUCCAGUUGCUACAACAGACCCAUCAAGCAGGAGCCAGUGGAUCCACUGGUCCACGCCGAGUCCUUACCCGGAGAGCCUGGCAAGAUGCGCAAAAUGCCUUUGCCCGAGGCGUCUCAGAAUGGGGGACCCAGUCACCUGUGGGGACAGUACUCAGGAGGCCCAAGCAUGUCCCCCAAGAGGACUAACAGUGUGGGUAGCAGCUGGGCUGUGUUCUCUCCGACGGAGAGCCCUGCCAUUGUCCCCGAUAAGCUCGGUUCCUUUGGAGGUGGCUGCCUGACCCCUUCCCACUUCCCAGAUGGCCAGCAUCCGUGGGGGUUGUUCCCUGGUGAGGGACAGCAGCCAGCCCCCCAGCCUGGAGGACGGCUGCGAGGCAAGCCGUGGAGCCCCUGCAAGUUUGGGAACAACACCUCUGCCUUGGCCGGGCCCAGCCUGACCGAGAAGCCAUGGGGGGUAGGAGCAGGGGAUUUCAGCUCUGCCCUGAAAGGUGCUCCCGGAUUCCAAGACAAGCUGUGGAGCCCCCUGAAAGGGGAGGAGGGAAGGAUUUCAACGCCGGGGGCGAGCCAGCUGGACAAAGCCUGGCAGUCCUUCAGCAUGCCCCUGGGCCCCAGUGAGAAGCUGUUUGGGGCCCUGAAGUCCGAGGAGAAGCUGUGGGAUCCCUUCAGCCUGGAGGAGGGGACGGCGGAGGAGCCCCCCAUCAAGGGGACGGUGAAGGACGAGAAGGGCGGUGCUGGCGGCGCCGGCGGGGCAGAGGAAGAGGAGGAGGAGCUGUGGUCGGACAGCGAACACAACUUCCUGGACGAGAACAUCGGCGGCGUGGCCGUGGCCCCCGCUCAUGGCUCCAUCCUCAUUGAAUGUGCCCGGCGGGAGCUGCAUGCCACCACGCCCCUCAAGAAGCCCAACCGCUGCCACCCCACCCGCAUCUCGCUGGUCUUCUACCAGCACAAGAACCUCAACCAGCCCAACCACGGGCUGGCCCUCUGGGAGGCCAAGAUGAAGCAGCUGGCGGAGAGGGCGCGGGCAAGACAGGAGGAGGCCGCCCGGCUGGGCCUGGGCCAGCAGGAGGCCAAGCUCUACGGGAAGAAGCGCAAGUGGGGGGGUGCCGUGAUCCCCGAGCCCCAGCAUAAGGAGAAGAAGGGGCUUGUCCCCACCCGGCAGGCGCUGGCCGUGCCCACAGACUCAGCGGUCACUGUGUCCUCGUAUGCCUACACGAAGGUCACGGGCCCCUACAGCCGCUGGAUCUAGGCGCCAGGGUGCCAGGGAGCCAGCGUACCUCAGCGUCGGGCCCGGCCCGAGCUGCCUCUGUGGUGCUUUCGCCCUCACACCUGGGGGCGGGUUGGGGGUGCAGAAGUCUUUCUAUCUAUAUAUACAUAUAUAGAUACGCAUAUAUAUGUAUUUAUGGUCCAAACCUCAGAACUGACCCGCCCCUCCCUUCCCCCCAACUCCCCAGCACUUUGAAGAAGAAACUACGGCUGUCGGGUGAUUUUUUUCGUGAUCUUAAUAUUUAUAUCUCCACGUUGGUUUUUUUCCUCCCUUGUUUGGGGGGCUUUUAUUUUCUCUUGUUUUUAAAACUCUAUCCUUGUAUAUCACAAUAAUGGAAAGAAAGUUUAUAGUGUCCUUUCACAAAGGAGUAGUUUUAAAUUCCAUUUAAAAUGUGUAUUUAUUGGAUUUUUUUUAAAGUGACAAUUGUAACGGUAAAGGAUCGGCAGGAAAGGCCAGAAGCACUCAUUCCUGCCCAGUUGUGCUGGGCCCAGUGGGCCUGGCCCUCUUGGGAGCUGACGAGGUUCUCUCAGCCAUCGGCCCCUCAUGAGCCAAGUGCAGGUUGUGUAGCCACCCACUGCGUCCCUCCUGACAGACACGCCUUCCCUUCAGGGGAGGGAGCCCUCAGGACAGCUUCUGUCCUCUCCAGUAGGAUGGGAGAAUCUGUAGAAAAACAUCUGGGGUCCCUUUUCCAGUCACCGGCUCGGAGUCGGGGAUGGAGGACAGGUGCGCCCCAGGCCAGGCACCUGAGAUGCUGGCAUAGGUUUCCCCAGAAACCAGGUUGGAAGUAGACAGCUUCAAGCUUGCUAGUCUCCACACUGAAUCCUCUCUGUCCCUUAGCUGUCAAGUCAUGUGAUACCGUGGUACCCUCGGCAGCACCUCGGGAUGGAGCUGGAGU